CCUUGACUUGAUUGGAAAAUCAUCAUCAGCCUUUGAAGAUUUAUUAAUCAUUUUGAAAACAACACAAACACAAACGGAAAAUGCAAGACUUUGAUGCACAAAAAUUUGCUAAACAAAUAACACAAUAUAUGAAUAAUAGAGGAAGUGGUGGAAGUGGAGGUAGAGCUUCAAAAGGAUUCGGAUUACUUGCAUCAGGAUUGGCCCUCAUGGGUAUUGCUGGUUUUUCUCUUUAUAAUUCAGUAUUUGUUGUUGAAGGAGGUUUUAAAGCAAUUAAAUUUAAUAGAUUUACAGGAGUUGGUGAUAGAGUUUAUGGAGAAGGUUAUCACUUACUUAUUCCUGGUAUUGAAAGACCAAUUAUUUAUGAUCAAAGAGCAACACCAAAGGUUAUUUCUUCAAAUACUGGUUCUAAAGAUUUGCAAACAGUCAAUUUGAGUAUUCGUGUUCUUUUUAAACCUGAUGUUAAUAGAUUGGAUCAAAUAUAUAGAAGUUUGGGAAUGAAUUAUUCUGAUAGAGUUAUGCCAAGUAUUGUCACUGAAGUUUUAAAGAGUGUUGUAGCUCAAUUUACUGCUGCUGAAUUGCUUACAAAACGUCCAGAUGUCAGUGCCAGAAUUAGAGAUUCAUUAGUUGCUCGUGCCAGAGAUUUCAAUAUUAUCAUUGAUGAUGUUGCUAUUACUCAUUUAAGAUUUGGUGAUGAAUACAGUGCUGCUGUUGAAAGAAAACAAGUUGCUCAACAAGAAGCUGAACGUGCCAAGUUUAUUGUUGAAAAGGCAAAGGAAGAAAAGAAAUCAAUGGUUUUGAAAGCUGAAGGUGAAAGUGAAGCUAUUAGAUUGGUUGGUGAUGCUACCAAAAACAAUACUGCCUUCUUGGAUUUGAGAAAAAUUGAAGCUGCUCAACAAAUUGCUGACACAAUUAGUCAAUCACAAAACAGAAUUUUCCUCUCAUCUGACACUUUGCUCUUGAACUUGCAAAGUUUGGCUCAAACAACCAACAUUGAUAAAUAAAUUAUUUCAUUGACUCUC